AUGAAAUCGGUGGUCUCGAUCGCACGCAAAGCAAUCACCUGCUCGUAUGUUCUUUGGUCUCCCAUCACACCAACAGACUUGACUGGCAACAAAGCAGCAAACGCCUGGGAAAUGCUUCUGUCUUCUGGGAUGCCCAUGAUCUGGCCAAGGUGUCUAACUUCGUCCUUGAACAGUUCUCUGAGUGGUUCGAUUAAUUUGAGUUUCAUGUCCUCCAACAAACCACCAACGUUGUGGUGGGUCUUGAUGGUCUGGGAAGGUCCCUUAAACGAAAUCGACUCGAUCACGUCUGGAUACAAAGUACCUUGGAGCAACAUCCACAACGGUCAGGUUGAUUCCCAAACCUUCGUCCAAGGUCUGUUUCACCUGGACGGUCUCGUUCUUUCUCAUGAGUCCGUUAUCGACGUAGAUAGCAUGGAACCGGUCGCCGAUGGCCUCCUUCAUGAUCUUGGCACCAACAGUGGAGUCAACACCUCCGGAAACAGCACCGAUCACCUCGGCAGAAGGUCCAACAAGGGCUCUAAUUCUCUUGAUCUCGGUGUCGAUGAAAUUCUCCAUGGUCCAGUUCUGGGUGGCCUUACAGAUCUUGACAGCAAAGUUCUUCAACAGAGUCUUUCCUUGAAGCGAGUGUGUCACCUCAGGAUGGAAUUGGAUACCAAAGAUGUCCUUCUCGGUGUGUGCAAUACCGGCAAACGGAGAGUUACCAGAAAUAGCCACUGUUUUGAAACCGGUAGGAAGAGCAUGCAAUUUGUCAUGGUGAGACAUCCAAACCUGCGAGUGGUCGACUCCCUCAAACAGCGGACAAGUCGAGUCCUCAACAGUCAAAGUAGCUGGACCGUAUUCUCUUUUUUCUCCACGUCCAACACCUUUACCGUUAAUCCAGGCCAAUUCCUGCAUACCGUAACAAAUACCCAGGAUUGGAACUCCUAG